AUCGAGAUUGGCUUCGAAUAAUCAUGCAACCACGUUCAUCCCCGACUUUCUGGAUCCUGGAGAGCCGUUCCGCCCAUUCGGGUGCUGCCAAUCCUCUCCGACAUUCACCGGUUACCAAACACAGAACAGCGCGCUAGUCACCUAGUUAUCUAGUGCGCGAUCAUCUAUGGCGAUCGAUUAUCAGACUCGCAGCUCCUCCGGCAAUACUUCUGGAACAACACUUUCGUCACAUGCUUUUUGACUGCUCUGGGCGAACAAUGCUACCUGCAGCACUCAUCGUGCUUUUCACAUGAUCAUUAGACCUCAUUCAUCAUAAUGUCCUACAAAUUCCGAUUGUGAUUUCCAAGCCAGCAUCGUUACACCGUCGUUUCUGCCGUUCAUCGCGGCAAGGCGGUCUCCCACACGAGACACCGUGAACCUACCGUGAUAUUCCACACAGCGUCAUGACAUCUACAACGAAGCGGCUCAAGAAAGCCGCUCGCAUCAUUCUCAUUGGAGCUCCCGGUGUUGGGAAGGGCACGCAAACCGAACGCUUACUCGCCAGAUUCCCGCAGUUAGCUGCCAUCAGCUCGGGUGACUUGCUGCGCGACAAUGUUCGAAGGAAGACGCCUUUAGGCAUCCAAGCCGAAACGCUGAUGCAAGCCGGGAAUCUUGUCCCGGAUGCUGUCAUGCUCGACCUCAUCUCCACAGAACUAUCAACAAAAGGUUGGAUUACGCCUUCACAACCUGGAGAAGCCGCCUCACCCUCCACUAAACCCUCAACCGCAGUGUCCUUCAUUCUCGAUGGCUUCCCACGGACCGCCACACAAGCUACAAGCUUGGACCAAAUCCUGCCCAUAAACUUUGCUGUUCACCUCUUAACCCCACCAGCUGUUAUCAUUUCUCGCAUAACCAAGCGCUGGAUCCAUGCACCGUCGGGUAGGGUGUACAAUACUGAUUUCAAUCCUCCAAAAGUUUUUGGAAAAGACGAUAUCACGGGCGAACCCUUGACUCAACGUGAAGAUGAUUCUAUACAAACUUGGAAAGAACGGCUCAACAAGUUUGAGGAAUCAAGCAGAACCCUCCUUGAUCACUACAAUAAUAAGGGCUGUCUCUGGCGUGUGGAGGGAAACUCCAGCGACGAAAUCAGCCCGAAGAUAUAUGCUGAAAUUGAACGAAGGUUUUCAUAGCCAUAGCGCUGGAGUGUAUACUACUGCGUCUUUUGUCUUAUCACAUGUUCUAUCUCGAUGUUUAAUAUUCCCCACGCCCAUGAUGUGCAACGACUGUCAUCGCCAAAUUCAAUGGAGAUGAAAGACUUAUGACAGAUCUGAUGCUGUUACUGGAUUAUGCUGUAUAAUAAUAUUGUUCAAUUACGCAGAUAUGAAUAUACAC